AGACGCUUUCUUUGACGGACUUGCAUCGAAGCUGUACCAAUUCUUUUCUGUAUUUCUCGGUUUACUUGUUGUCCGAAGGGUUUCCUCGAGUCUGCACCCAGCCUUCACAGCCAGUAUCCAUUCCACCGCCGAGUGUGCAGAAAAAUAGUCUCCAUGUGAAGUGGAAAUGAUUCAAACGGAUACUUGCGUUGAGCGUAUGCCAAUCAGCGAUGCGAUUCUCCAGGGCAUAUAUCAUUCAGACCAGUCCAUGUACCCUGCGCCCUUGACUUACAAGCAGCUGCAAAGCUGGGUACGCGCAUGUCCUCAGUCUUGCCUUGCUUACGCUAUGUCGAGGGAUGGACAGCCGUCAUCUCACAUGGAAACUGUAGGGGCAGUCAUUUUCCUUCCAGUUAAGCAAGCAUACUGGAAACAGUUGAUCGUUGGCAAAGUCAAAGAGACUGAAAUAGACGCUAGCGCCAUGUUGUCAACAGCUUCUGGAUAUAAAAUCGGGUUGCACUGCUUCCAUAUCGAGAAGUUCGAAAACUGGGGUGGUCAAAGCAGAAAGUCGCUUUUCCACAGUAUGUGAUGGCAGACGUGGACCAAGUCGCCUAAGACAAUGGCUGGGCCGUUGUUGGUUAAAGUACUAGUUAACUACUAACUUACUUGUACUCUGCCUUAACUGCCACAACUGCAGGGAAAAAGACAUUCCUCAAACUUGGCUUUACGCCGUCUGAUUACCAGGAGGUCUUUGUGCAGUCUACUAAUGACCUGAUCAAAGAGGUCAAACUGAUCCGCGUCCAUCCUGGAGACUCACCCCCAUCUUAUGAACCGGGCCAAGAUGACCAAAUCAUCAUUGAUACGUGUAUGAUGGUCCAUUGUAAUGAUACAUAGUUACUUGCAAAAGAAACUGGGCAUUGGCUGUUUGGAGCUACUCGUUUCUGUUUUGUAGCAUAGUAUUUGGUAUGUAUCGGACAUACCCCGUCCAGG